UAAGUUGGCAUCCCUGUUUUCGAAGAGACCGUUUGAAAGAGACUUGUUUGUGCUGUGGUACGGAGGAAGUUCUAUCCUAUCCAGUUCUAUCGUGCGGCAGCAUCGUGCAGUGCACACCAUAAAAUAGUGUUUCUAAUUUCAUUUUGGUCAAAUAUUAAACAGUGAUCCGACACGUGAGACUCGAGGAAAGCUUCGAACUGGUCUUUGAAAAUGUUUCGAUCGAAGAAGGAUGUCGACCGACACGUGAAAGACAUUUUUAUUAAGCUUAAAAGCUCGGAGGAGAAAAACCUUCGAUGUUAUAACAUAGCAAAGCUAUACUAUCAAGUUGGAGAUUACGAGUCUGCGAAGAAAUAUGUUUCUAAUUAUUUGGAGAUACGCGAUAAAUGCGCAGGAGCUUAUAAAUUGUUAGGUCAAGCACUGGAAGCUUUAAAACAAAAGGAAGCUGCUUUUAUGCAAUAUAAAAUAUCUCUCGAAUUAGAACCAAAGCAAGAUGACCUUGUUUUAAAAGUUUGCGAGCUUUUGACUGACAUGGAUGUUAAAAUGGAUGUGAAUAUAAUUAAGUAUUGGGUAGAGAGAACUGACAAAAAGUUUCCACAUCAUCCAAUAGUUUUUGAAUUGAAGGAAAAAAUGUUAACUCAAGAAAAAUCAGAUGGUAGCAACGACGAUCUGGAGAAGCUUAUUACCUCUGAAUUAAUGGUACGACAAACAGAUGUGCAUCUACAAGUUAAGUUAUUGAAGCACUACUUAGGGAAUCAUAGACUUGAAGAUGCGUAUAAUCACGCUGCCGGAAUCGAAGCAAAACACAGUCACAGAAAUAGUAUCGAUUGGUACCAGUCGUUAAGCGAAUUACUAGUAGAAUGUAAACCGAGUAAACAGUCGGAUUGGACAUUUUGGAUAUUUUACAUUUCGGUGUUAGAAAGAUAUGCAGCACUUUGUUUAAAAGAACAGGGUAACGUAGAUAAGAAUAUAGCGGAUGCUAUGGAGGCAGUAUUCAAUUUCGAUCAAAGCUUAACUGAAUUUAAAUCGAGAAGCAUCUCUGUUCAUCAUGAUUUUAUUAAAAACGUAUUAUUACACAUGUGGGGUCAGUUAAAUUUUCAUUUGGCGUGUCUAUUUUUACGAAAAACUAAGAGACGCGAAGAUAGUUGGUUCGAAGCAGGACGGUUGUGCACUCCUCUGUUGUUAACUGCGUUACACGUGACACCUAUAGACCCUACAGCGUUAUGGACUACGCAUUUGAAAAAUCGACUAGUGAAGAAUCUAGUCCACGUAUGGCACAGGGAAGGGUCGUAUAGAUGUAGUCAAGCUGGUCAUGUACUUAGAGAUUACGCUCGGGAUAAUAAGAAAAAGCUAUUGGAUAAAAUUGAUAAGUUUUGCACGAAUUCGUGGCGUGAGCAUAAUUAUCAGAAGAUCUUUGGCAAACCUUAUGAAAAUCGUAAAGCAACGUCAUAUUUUUCAAAUGCGCAAGUAACAAAUCCACCGUUACGUUUGUGUUCGUAUAACGAAUUAAAAAAAUUCGAUGAAAUCUCAGAGGAAGUGUGGCCAAAUUCGUUGCAUCAUCAGGUCUGGCUUGGUUUAAGAUCUCGGCAUCGUAACUCGCACAACAAAGACAACGGGCCUUGUCCAAAUCAAACGUCACACGUGUUUAGCGAAUUACAGUUUUCCGUCUUCAAUUUAAAUCAAGCAGCUCCCGAUAGUCUGAGCCGUCUCGAUAUCGAUGCAUUCUUGAAUGCAACAAUUUUCUGCGCUUCGGCAGUGAUCGAGGAACAACAACUAAGCGGCUUUCUAGAUCCUGAUAAAUUUCCUACAUUGCCGGCGGACCUCACCAACACUCUUUGCACUUGUGCUCAAGAAAAAUGGUGGUCCUCCGCUUACAAAGUAUACACCAUGGAUAAACAAAAACCAUUGGACGAGGAUCUCGGUGAAAUAAGGUUGGAGUUGCAACGAGGUUUGGAAGUUGUUCGCUGUAUCGGUAAUCAUGGUUUGCAUCCUGUGCUUCUAGUACAUUUGGCACGAAUAUUUCAUUAUAGAGCGGAAGCAUUAAAAGAAAUAGAUCAAGAAAAUAGCGAUAUAUCUAGUCUGGAGGCACGUUACGAGAUGUAUUGGUUAAAUGCGAUCCCGCUUCUCGAAAGACUGCAAAAUAAUCAAACUCUUCGUGUAACCAAUACAAAGUUCUUCAAUUAUCAAGGACCGGCAAUGAACUAUGCGGACUUAAUUAAAGCUUUGGAAGAAGGUAAAUUACUUAUGGCUCAGCGAUUCGUGCGAGACAAACAGCACGAGAAAGCCAUCGAUGCACUGCAGGCAUUGAAAUGUCCGGAGGCUUCGUUUCAACAAGGAAAGGUAUACGAGAUGCUAGCAGAUGAAAUUGUUAGUUACAUGCCGAAGGAAAGCUUAACGUCGGAGAUCAGAUCGCAGCACAUCGUUAUGCUUUCGAAAGCCAGAGAAUGCUUUUAUUUAACGUUGGAUCGAUUGCGCACCCCGGGGACGAAUCCAAAACAUCCGUUGAACUCCGAACUUUCAACGCAUAUAUCCAAUAUCGAAAACAAAUUGAAAAAAAUCGACCCGGACUUAUCACGGGGCAAUUUGAGCAGGAACGAAUGCAGCGACGGAACAUCGGGCGACAGUUAUUCCUCCGCUCACAGUAUCACGGAAGUAGGUGUGCUAUAUCCGUCACUUACAGGAAUAAAUUCAUCGUUCAGCAUGGUCAGCACGCCGCAGAGGACCGCUCAUCGAAAACCGAAACAAUACAGCACCCCUUACAGGGCUCAACAUCACGACGUGGAUUUGCUGAAGAAUCGUUCGGAGGCACGCCCAAGUCCCGAGCGUCUCGAUGCUCAAAUUCGCGCGAUCAAUCAAACGAUGAACGUCAAAGAUAAUAUGAUACUAGAACAAAAUAAAAAUAUACUGGAGAAAGUGGAAGAGCUAGCAAAAGAGGUAAAGGAGCUAACGAAAGAAGUAGGGAUGUUACGUAAAGAUAUGCAACGGCAACGUACUCAACCAGAUAACGUUAACCCCAGUUUGGAGGAGGACUUGUGCGUCUUGAGCGAAGAAGAUUACAACGAUUUGCACUACAAUCCGAAUCGAGUAGAGCCCGCGUCCUCGCUACCUGGAAACAUGUUUCCAACGUCGCACAGACAUCCGUAUUCUCAACUGGUAUAUCCUUCGACUACCGCGUUCCAGGGAUACUAUCCCGAUGGUGUAUUUGCCAAUCCAAACGCGCAACCGUAUUCUCUGUAUCCUCCGAAUGUUUAUCCGUUGCCAAUGCUGUAUCCUAACGCUAGGUCGAAAAUUACGGAGAACGUACUUCAACAGAGCCUAUUUACGGCGAGGUUGCCAACGCAGAUGCCCGAUCCGAUGCCACAAACGAAUCAAUCCUUGCAAGUUUUACUUCAAAAGGCGGACACGCCGAAAGCAGAGACAACUAUAAAGGAUGCACCUGUGAAUAAAGUGCCACCGGUUAACGUUGUUAUCACCACAUCCGAUACUCUUCCUACCACGGUACCGGUUGUUCAACCGACGCUCAGCGUUACGAUUCCUCCACAUUUUAGACUAGGUAGCAUUUCUACGUCGGCUGUGAUAGAACAGCCUCCUUUUCCUCAUUCUUAUCAAAUUCCUAUGCCUUCUCAAGCUACUAUACCGACGACAGUUAAUCUUCCACCUUUGGCGUCCACUCUCACAACCAUGCCAGCUAACAUUUCUGUAACCGAAACACCAGUGACGGAUAACACCAACGUUUGCUCGACUGGUUCUCCGAACAGUUCGGAUCACGAACACGAUCCCAUACCAGACUUCGUUCCUGUAAUACCAUUGCCCGCAGAGGUCAAGGUCACCACCGGAGAAGAGGGCCAGGAAACAUUGUUCUGCGCUAGAGCCAAGUUGUUCCGUUUCGUGGGCAACGAAUGGAAGGAACGCGGUAUCGGGAACGUGAAACUGCUCCGAAACGAGGAAGGAAAGAUUCGUUUGCUUAUGCGCAGAGAACAGGUAUUAAAGGUAUGCGCGAAUCAUUACCUGUCGCCCGAUAUGGAGUUGACCGCCAAAUCGAACAACGAGAAAACCUGGUUUUGGGUUGCGCACGACUUCGCUGACGGUGAACUAAAGGUGGAAAAGUUUUGUAUUAAAUUCAAAACCGUAGAGGAAGGUGCUUCCUUCAAAGAACACUUCGAGAAAGCUAAAGCUAGUCUCGCUCAGUUAUCGGACAAAUCAACGAACAUCGCUGGGAAAGCAACGGUCAAGCCCAGUUCACCAGUGAACAAUGUUCAGAAAAAGGAAGUAAAGUUUGUCGAACAAACUAGUCAGAAGCAACCUACCGAAGCAACCACAAUUUCAGAAACUUCGUCAGAGAAAUCGAAAGCCAAUCCAGCGGCAACGGUUGUCGGUGGAUUUUCGUUCACGUCGACGCCAAUUAUUCAAAAAGUGGCUACGCCUGAACCUACCACGACUCCUAGUAAACCCGAAGCUAGUCCAUUUGCUGGUUUCAUGUUUAUCAAGACUAUGACGACUGCCGAAAGCUCUACGACUACGACAUUAAAAAAUUCCCAAACAUCUACUUUCGCGUUUGCAAAAACAACUACACCUCAGGAGGAAGCUACGAGCGGAAGUGUUCCUAUGAACGUUAGUCAAUCUUCGCUCAGAAGACCGCAUGCUCCACCAGUAUGUGCAACUGCUGUUGUAGGCAUCGAUGAUUUUAGCGCGACAACCGAACACGAAGAAGUGUUGUUCGAGGACAAAAUCAGUCUUCAGUAUUACGUUAACGAUAAACAAUGGGAUAACAGAGGCACUGGCCAGAUGAAGGUUUUGUGGAACUCGAAGACGGGUAGAAUUCGAUUAUUAAUGAUAGAAGAGAACAGUUCGAAAGUUUGUUAUAAUUUCAACGUCUCAGCUAAAAUGCCACUUACAUUUAAGAGUGGUAGCAGCACAGUAGUUAGUUGGACUAUUCAAUAUGGAGUGGAUAAUAAAACAGGAACGUUUGCAGCGACAUUUAAGACGUCUACUCAAGCAUCUCAAUUCCAUAGUACGCUCACUAAUAACCAACAAAAGAUGGUGAAAGACUGCGUUUCUGCUGAAAGUUUGAAGAAACAGGAGAAGACUAAAAACGUGCAGAAGAGUAAAACUCAAGCUUCCUUGUCCGAAAUGUUCAAACCGCCGUCAGGUUCGUGGGAGUGUAACGCUUGUUAUACAAGAAACGGAGCAUCGGAUGCGAAGUGUAUAGCCUGCGAAACACCGAAUCCUUCCGCACUUAGUAAAGGAAGUACUCCAGCCCCGACCACCUCCAAUCAAAUGCCACUUUCCGAAAUGUUCAAAACGCCUGCUAAUUCGUGGAAGUGCAAAUGUUGCGAAAUCGUUAAUAGCAGCGGGAAUAAUUACUGUGUCGCCUGUGACACACCAAAAUGCCCAUCCAUUCCGCCGAAGCCAAAAACUGAUGGUUUCCUAGUAGGUACACCAACAUCCGGAGCUACUCCAACAUUUACUUUCGGUAUUCCACAGGAUGCUACCAAAAAGAGUAAUGCUGGGUUCACAUUCCAAAAACCUGCCGAUACCUCUACCGAUUCUAAGUCUGACGCGAAAGCAGACGCCUCAAAGUUCACUUUUGUAAUGCCGCAAAGAUCAGGCACACCACCGAAUAAAGGUACUCCGUUCACGUUCGAUUCACCAGGAAAAUCGUUUGGUUUCUACUUUAGGGGUGUGUCACCGACAAAGUCUCCCGGUGGCGGUGAAAAUAGCGAAGAAGAGGUAGUCGAGAGCGACGACAUUCACUUUUCACCGAUAAUUCCGUUGCCUGAUAAAAUCGAAGUUAAAACAGGUGAGGAAGACGAAGAAGUUCUUUACCUUCACAGAGCGAAAUUGUUUAGGUUCGAUAAGGAAACCGGCGAAUGGAAAGAACGCGGUUUGGGAGACAUUAAAUUGUUACGGCACAACCAGACAGGCAAACUGAGGCUGAUAAUGAGGCGGGAACAAAUCUUGAAGCUCUGUUUGAAUCAUUUUAUCCUCCCCGGUCUAGAUAUGACGCUAAAAGACGAGAAGACUUGGAUGUGGAACGCCGCUGACUACAGCGAAGGAGAAAUCGAGCAUACGCUUUUCGCGUGUCGGUUCAAGAAUUCCGAUAUUGCGAGAAACUUCAAGAACGCGAUCGACGAAGCAAGAUCGACGAAGAGUGUUCCGGCUGGAGAGACGAAGACGGAGGCGAAAACAGAAGAACUCGCUAAAGCUAAGCCAGCCAAAGACAUAGAAGUUCUAUACGAGAUGAAAGUAACGACAGAGGAAAAGGACGCCGCUAUGAAAUUACAGCUUCCAGAAAACUUUUACGCGUACAAACAGAAGCCGGAUUGUCCUGGAUGUAGGGGUUGCAAAGAACCAACUACGCCGUUAUUCAAAGAUGAAAACUCUGUAACGACAGCAUCGGUACCGAAAAUCUGUACAGAGAGUUGCAAACCUACUACAUUUUCGUCAAAAACUGAAAGUACAAACGCCACUGCUAGCAAUGUUUCAGCUACCGACACAAGCACGCAGAAUACUACUUCGUCUACUUCAAAGCCAGGACUGCACGGUACAACCAUAGCUCAAAGUACAAUGAAUUCUUUUUCCAUGGCUACUCCUAUCAUAUCAUUUGGAAACAGCGAUUCUAAAACAUCCAGCGACAAGAAGGCUAGCUUUUCGUUUGUAAUGCCUCAAAGUCAACCUACCGAGCAAAACAUCGUAGCCACGGAGAAUUUAAAAAUCUGCAGCCCUAUCGUUUCUCAAGGACAAGCGAUGUCUACCACGUCGUCACCUUUCAAGGCGUCAGCGUCAUCCACGACAUCUGCAGGAUCCAUAUUCGCGAUGGCGGAUAAUCCAUUCAGCUUAAGUACAGGAAAAAGUAUUUUCGGUGGAUCGUCGAAAAAAGACACUCCUGGGAUAAUCAAACCCAGUUCCUUCAAUGUUAGUGCAAAUAGUUCCGAAUCUCCGUUCUUAAAUAACUUUAACUCUCAGCUAAAAACGACUACGAGUGCUACGACUAUAUUUGGCACGAGUGCUCCGAUUUUCGGGUCCUCCGCAAUGAAAACGAGUUCUGAGACCACUAGCAGCGAUUCCUCUACGUUUGCAACCAACACCACGACGACGUCUCUGUUCGGGGGGUCUGGUAAAUCUACUAAUUCAGUAUUCGAUAACACGUCCACACCGUUUACAUUUAAUUUAGCCUUUGACGGGCGUACAAACGAAUCACCCUUUGGAAUUUCAAAUUCCACGGCGACGAACACUGCCGAAACGAAAACCGCGUCGUCAGAAAAUGAAUCUCAAAAAGACAGUGGUAUUAGUUUCUUCCCGUCGGCGGAUGUGUCAUUCUCAGCCCUAGCGGCAGCAGCUCCUCAGCAAGCAUUCAAAUCAGACCCGAACUUCUCUUUUUCUGGCGCUGGAUCGACAGUAUUUGGUUCUAAAUCAUCCGCGGUUGCUGCCAAGUCUGCUCAAAAAACGAAAGAAGGCACGCAAGAUAAGAAAGGUGAACACGAAGAAGAAGAGAACGCCGAAAAUGAAACUGAACAAGAGCAUGAUCCUUAUUUUGAGCCCAUCGUACCGUUGCCCGACGUCAUCGAGGUACGCACUGGAGAAGAGGAUGAAGAGAAAGUGUUUUGCGAGAGAGCCAAAUUAUACCGAUUCAAUGCCGAAACGCGCGAGUGGAAAGAGAGAGGUGUCGGGGAAAUGAAAAUUUUGCACCACACAAAACAGGGAACUUAUAGAUUACUUUUGCGUAGAGAUCAAGUUCAUAAAGUAGUAUGCAAUCUGUUGCUUACUCCGGAUAUAAAAUUCUCCAGACUUAUCACUUCGGAUCGUGCCUGGAUAUGGGCAGGCAUGAAUUAUGCGGAAGAACAACCAUGUGUAGAAGAACUAGCAGUUAGAUUUAAGAACACGGAACUGGCCGAAAAGUUUAAGGAUACGGUUAACGAAAUCCAACAUAAAUUAAGAGAAAUUCGUGAAAAAGUUACUGAAAGUAACCCGAUAGUAGAAGAACCCGAAGAGGAAGAAAAUGAAGAAGAGGAAAACGAAGACGCUGACGAAAUUGAAGACGAAGAAGAUGAAGACUAUAUCCAUAGCUUGCGUAUUUUUGAAAAAAGGGCUACUUUGUUUGCGAGAACAGAUGCAGAUGCCAAAUGGGAGCUUGUAGCUUUAGGAAAUUUAAUUAUUUAUCAUGAUUCCGAUACAUUUGCCGGAAGUAUAAUAUUAAAAGCGGAUGAGACAAAUGAAAUCGUAAGCAAUACAGUUAUCUGUACGGACAUUAAAAUGCAGGUAAAUAAGCAAGAAUGUGUUUGGACGGCAAUCGAUCGUGCCUUAAAAACACCAACGAAACGCACUUUGAAAGCAAUCUUUUCAUCGGUUCAGGCUGCUCAAGAAAUGUAUGAUCUUUUUCAAGAUGUAAGUGUUUCCAGAUGUAAGUGAUCCCGACUUGGAUGGAUAAAGUUUUCUUGUAAGAUUUGUUGUAAUAAAGGAUAUUGUAUCUCUUUCAA